AUAGCAUAAAUUGUCUCUUUAUUAUUGCAUUUUAUCAAAUUUAUCCUUCUAUUAUGUUUUACGUCAAACUUACCCCUCUACUGUGAUGAAUUUUCAAACAUACCUUUCUGUUAAGUUUUCAUCUAACAACAGUUAAUUCUAACCAAACCCUUAAUAUAAUCGAUAUUCCUGAAAUUUGUGUUAAUUUUUGCACUUUCGAUUAUCUCUUUUUCAAACAUACCUUUCUGUUAAGUUUUCAUCUAACAACAGUUAAUUCUAACCAAACCCUUAAUAUAAUCGAUAUUCCUGAAAUUUGUGUUAAUUUUUGCACUUUCGAUUAUCUCUUUACCGCAUUGUCGUGAGUUGAAUAUUGUAUAAAAUUCUUGCUGAACCAAACUCAGAGUGAAAUCUUCUGUGUCUGUCCCAACACAAUCAUAUUGAUACAACUGCAUUAAUGAACAACUGGUUUUUUGACUUGCUAGAUCUCCGUCAAUCAAAUCAGGAAUGAUAUUCUAAAAUGAAAAAAUAUGUGUGAGAUCUUAGUGAGAAAAAUCAUAGUCUUAAAUGUGAUAACAUUCAUAUUGUUUUAUUAUUGAGAGACCUCUACAUCUUUUCUAUUAUUUCGCUAUAGUGAUAUUUAAUAAUUAAUACUAUUUAUUGAUCGUUAGCCUCGACAACAAGAGUUUGUUGUAGACUAAAAUGUUCGACUGCUGUGCGACUUUUGAUGUUGUUCGGUAUGAUCAGACAACAUCCAAAGGUCGAGGGGUGGGCUUACGGCCCCCUUCUCGCUCUUGGACUAUCUGAGUUUGGUCCCAUAUAAUGGGCCCAACAUAAUGGAUAUUGCUAUCAAAUUUUUUUUUUAUAGGAGAUAUUGCUAUCAAGAAAAAAAUGCAAGCGCUAAGAAUCGUGGAGGAAGAAGUCAGAAUAAAAUACAGAACCGAAGGGCAAAUAAUUGGAAGAAGUCGUUGAAUCCUCUAAUCUCACUUCCGUUGACUUCCAAGCUCCAAACCAAAGAACUAUGAAGAAGUCAACAAUCACGAGGUUUUCUGCAGAUCGCACAGACCCAGAUGUUGUUCGUCAUGAUCCACUCCAUGGCAGCCGCCAUUCUCGCAGUCAUUAUCACAGUCUAUCAACUUCAUCCUCUGUUUGCAGCAGCAACGAACACGCUCAACCAAGGGGACGUCUUGAAUUCCACCGAUCAUUUGGUUUCCAACAAUGGUCUCUUUGUGCUGGGGUUCAUGAAUCGCAGCUACUUGGGGAUAUGGUUUAACUCGUCCGUCUACGAUUCCACGGGCCACCCUGUUUGGGUUGCUUCCAGAGAUCGACCUCUGUUUCAGAAUCCUGGAGCGUUGACGAUUGACGCCUCUGGAAAGUUGAAAAUUCUGCAGGACGCCGGGGACCCGGUCGAGAUAUACUCCGGGAAUGGAAACCCAACUCAGGGAAACGUUUCGGCCGUUCUUGAAGAUUCGGGCAACUUGGUGAUUGAAGCAAAAGGAAGCAGCUCCGGGGAAGUUUUGUGGCAGAGCUUUGAUCAUCCGACUGAUACACUUUUGCCCGGGAUGAAAUUGGGGUUCAGCAAUAAAUCAGGGGAGGAGAAGAGAUGGAAGCUGACUUCGUGGCUGGAUGAGGAAAACCCGGCCCCUGGAGCAUUCACUGUGGAGUGGGAUUAUAAUACCCGCCAACUGCUUGUUAAAAUGCGUGAAUCAGUUUUCUGGAGGAGUGGGGUGCUAGAUGCUAACAGCAGGAAGUUUCCGGCGACUCGUUUCCUGGCUGAAGUGAACAAAAACUUCAAUUUCACCACUGUUUCUGACCCGGGCGAGGAGUCCUUCAGCUACGAGUUCUAUGACGAGGGAUUGGCUCCCUUGAGGAGCAACGAGUCGCAAUGGGUUAUGGGUUAUCAAGGAACCAUACAAGACGAUCGAACUCAGAUCAUGGUUUUGUAUUUCGAGAACUGUGAUGGGAAUAGGAAUGAGGAGAAUGGGUGCGAGAGAUGGGACUCAGGGCCAACAUGCAGCCGACGUACCGGGGAUCGGAUGCUACUGAGAGCUGCUCAGACUUUUGGAUUACCAGAUAUGCGGUACCGUAAUCUUAAUCUAAGCUUCGCUGAUUGCAAAGAACUGUGUUGGAGGAACUGCAGCUGUAAUGGAGUUCAAGUUCCAGAUGGAGAUGCAUUGAACUUCAGAGGCUGCAUCUUUUAUACAGGCACUUUAAGUUUCCAGGAUUUGCGAGGGAAUGAAGGGCAAGUUUAUGCGAUUCUUCCAGCUCCUCCAUCUCCAAAACCAAGCAAGACGUGGAUAUGGAUCAUCGUUGGUGUCACUGGUUGUCUACUCAUAAUGGUCACAGGCUUCUUGUUGUACCUGAGAUGGAGAAGACAGAAGUUACAUGGGAAGUUUUUGAAAGAGCUGAUGACAAUAGACAGACCAAGUGAUGCAUCUCCACACGAAGAUAAUGGAAACUCAAAGGACGACAACAGUCUGCAAGUCUACACAGCUUUGUCAAUCACAAAUGCGACCAACUCCUUCUCUCUGAAUAAUAAACUUGGAGAAGGGGGAUUUGGACCCGUUUACAUGGGGAGAUUGAAGGAGGGACAGGAAGUAGCGGUGAAGAGGCUUUCGAGAACAUCUGGGCAAGGACUAGUUGAGUUCAAAAAUGAGCUCAUCCUCAUAGCUAAAUUGCAACACUCAAACCUUGUUAGGCUUCUUGGUUUCUGCGUUCAAGGAGAAGAAAGGAUGCUGGUGUAUGAAUACAUGCCGAAUAGAAGUCUGGAUUCUUUCAUCUUCGAUGAAUCAAGAAGGAAAUUGUUGGGUUGGAAGGCCCGUUUUAACAUAAUUGAAGGAAUAGCUCAAGGCCUACUUUACCUGCACAAGUACUCUAGAGUCCGAAUAAUUCACAGAGAUCUGAAAGUGAGCAACAUAUUGCUGGACAAGGACAUGAACCCCAAGAUAUCUGAUUUUGGGAUGGCAAGGAUUUUCAAACCUGAUGACGCAGCUCAAGAUAACACCAGAAGAAUUGUUGGCACUUAUGGAUACAUGUCUCCAGAGUAUGCAGCAGAGGGCACUUUCUCAGUGAAAUCUGAUGUCUACAGUUUCGGAGUCAUAGUUCUCGAAAUAGUGACCGGCAAGAAGAACCACAGGGCUUACCAUUCUGAUCGUCCCCUCAACCUCGCUGGCUAUGCAUGGGAGCUGUGGACCGAUGAUGAUAGCGAUGCUCUGGAACUAUUGGACCCAGCGGUGAACGAUUCGUCAGCUGGACAGGAAGGUGAUGGCUGCAGAGAUGAAGCCUUGAGGUGCAUUAACAUUGGACUGCUGUGCGUGCAAAAUGACCCACGAGACAGGCCGGUAAUGGGAGAUGUACUGUCGAUGUUGACCAACGGGAGCCAGCAGCUGCCGAUGCCGCUGCAGCCGGCGUUCUACCUUGGACAAGCACGAUACGGAGGAGGGACAAGCACUAGCAGUGAGAAUUAUACAGGUGAAGAAGAGCACCAGAGCAAGAAACUGUUUUCAGUGAAUGAGUUAUCCUUGUCCACUAUGCGCCCACGGUAGUAGUAGUAGUAGUAGGUAACUUAAGACUUUUGAGUUUAAAGUCUAAAUUUACGAAGUCGAUUGAAUUAUGAAAUUGUUAAAACUUUAUGAUAUGAUUGUAAAAAAAAACCUUAAUACACAAGGAAAUGUUCGAUUUUUGUUCACGAACAUUAGACAAAUUAGUACGUGAAUGAAAGACAGGUGGGAAAUAAUAUAAGUUCUAAAGAUAUAAUGCUUAACAAGAAAUUUUUUACUUAAUACGUUGUAAUGUUCGUACUAAGUACACAACAUUGUAGCAGCAUGUAUUCAAAAAUACGAACGAGUUUAUUUGCUGAUAAAUAUAUCAAAGGGUAUAUCUUAUAGUAAAUGAUAAUACAUUUUUUCUAUAAAAAAAAUGAUAAUACAUUUAUAUUUUAUAUAAAAUAAUUAAUUUUCGAGUUAAAAAGUUGGUAUAAAUACUGCAUAUAAUGCGGAAAGUACAAAGGUUUCCACGAUCCAAUACAUAGGGUGAGCAUUGGCUUGGUGAUUUAAAAAGGGUAAAUACUAUUUUUUUUAGCCAAAUCUUUCUCCCAUUUCAAUAUAUUAGCAAAACCUUUCAAAAUAUGAAAUAUUAGCCAACUUUAAAGUUUCUGUUAAAAUUUCCGUUAGUCAAGACUGAGAAGCAGAGGAUUUAAUGUGAUGAACAGGGACGGCGCGUUCAAGUAGAAGCAACUGUGGAAGGUACAGGCGGAGCAAUUCGGGAUCGAGAAGCAAGGGAUGGAGGAUGCGGAGGGGCUGGCGGAGAUGAUGAAGGUGAAGGAGAAGGUGUGGGCGACGGCAGUGUUAUGUAGAAGGAAGAAGAAAAGAUGAGGGAGAAGGGUUUAGAAUUUUUCCUAAAAUAUAAAUUAAAAAACAUUUACUUAUUUAAUUAUUUGGGUGACAUGGCAGCACACAUGGCUUGAGGUGUCCAUUAGGUGUACUUCUGUUAGUUCUGCCGUUAAAUCUAACAGGAAAUAGCUAUUAUUAUAUAAUGUUAUUACAGAUUUGGCUAAGUUUUCGUAUUUUUAUAAGUUUGACUAAUAUUUUGAAAUGAAAAAAGGUUUGGCUAUAAAAUAGUAUUUACCCAUUUAAAAAAAAGGUAAUAUCAUAAAUUGUCUCUUUAUUAUUGCAUUUUAUUAAAUUUGUCCUUCUAUUAUGUUUUAACUUUUACGUCAAACUUACCCAUCUACUGUGAUGAAUUUUCAAACAUACCUUUCUGUUAAGUUUUCAUCCAACAACAGUUAAUUCUAGCCAAACCUUUAAUAUAAUUGAUGUUCCUGA